GUGAACGCUGCCUCGAAGGGUCAUUUACCAGUAGUGCGCCACCUGCUAUCGAAACAGUCUGCCGAUCCUCUCGUUCGAAACAAUUGGGGUGAAACGGCGUUUGACAUUGCUGCUGCAGUGUUCGAGAUUUAUAUCUGCGAGGUUCUUCAGCAGGCUGAACUCGAGAUUUUCCGAAGGGCUGGCUCGGCUACCAAGUACAACCCCUUAGCGAUCCAUGCCACCGUUCCCAUUAUUGUCCAUGAACACCAAAGGCUGGAUACUCGGUUCAAGACUCUCGCCGUCAAUGGCGGGAAACCGCGGUUUUCCGUGUAUCAUCUAGGCAGGGAAGGACGACGAGCCCCAUUCGAACUUGUGCUUUGGCCCGAUGGGGAUGCCUUAAUUGGGCGGGGUCCACCUGAAAAGAAGUACAUACCCGCAUGGAGGAACAGCGUCCAGUUGCCCUUCCUAGAUGACUCUUUUACGAUCCCUUUGCCGAGUAGUACCGAAGCCAAUCUGAGAGAUGGGGCGGAGCGGAGUCAUUUCUGGAUGUCUGAUUGGAUGCUGGACGUGACACAUCCACGGGUGGACGUUACUGAUGGUUGGCAGUAUUCAAGAUAUCUUGAUGACACAGAGGAUCGCUGGACAGCUGAGACACCGCCUCAGCUUGAACGCCUCCUUACUGGCUCUGGCCUCGUCGCCGCAGGUUUAGGGAGUCCUUCCACGUCUAGUGGGUCCACCCGCUCCAACGGACAGCACGUCUCUAAGAAAGGGGCCCUUCAGAACACGAACCUCGCCUGGGCACGUCGAAGGAGAUGGGUCCGGGUAAUGCGUCGUCGACUUGACGUAACGUCAUUACCGUUGAUGCAGCCAGAUGGUAAUCUUUACAGUCUCACUGAGGAUGGCGGUUUUGCCCCAUAUGUACCGGAUGAAAUUAGCGAUCUUGGAGAUGACGAGGACGGAGGAGUCGAAUUGUCUACCCUCACCUCGAAUGGUUUGUCGUCGCACCAGGACUACAUAUCACGAGCGCGAUACCUAGUAGGGAGUUCAGGAAGUCCCUCCAUGGACGAAAUGGGUCCGCAGACACCUGCAGACAUCAAGCGGGAUAUCAAUAAGCUAAGCAGAGCUGUGGGCGAGCUACGUCUGGGCAUGCGCAGUGACAUGGACAGCGGCCGGAAAGCGCGUGCUGAGGCGCUCAUUAACACCUACAACCGUAUAUUGGAGAGAAUACGGAGGACUGCUAAUGCCAAUGGGCUGUAUGCCACAAAUGACGAGGAUGACGGUGAGGCAGACGCGGACGAUAAUGAUUCUGAUGAUAGCUUUCAUUAUCCCCAAUCUCCCCUGGGGUCAAGUACAACUACUCGUCCAGCUUCGAUAAGAUCGCAUCAUACGGAUUAUUUCAGCCUUGCGCGUUCUUCCUCUAGGCAGCCUGACCUCACACCGCAACUGGCACAAGCUCCAGAAUUCAGGGUCCCUACUCAUGAUGCGCCGAGAAAAAUUGCGACAAAUGGACUCAAUAUGCCAGUGCCACACACAUUGCACUCUCAGUGGGAGAGGGAUGAGGCAGCCGCAAGCUGCAGAGUGUGCAAGCGACGGUUUACGUUUUUGCUUCGGCGGCACUGUCGUAAAUGCGGUCGCAUACAUUGCAAUAAUUGUAGCAUUCAUCGCGCAAUGCUUGACCCCUCGGAGCUUAUCACCGAUCCUUCAUCUCAUGAAGAUCCACCUGGCGCACCUUCUUUACAACGUGUUUGCCAAGCAUGUUAUGAUGAGGUGAUAGCGAAUGUACCGUCCCCUCUAAGACGUGGACGUUCGGGAGGGAUGGAGAGCUUGCAAGUGUCUUCAUCGAGUCUGAGCUUACCUGGUAGUUCUCGGAGGAAUGAUUCGAGCUCUCAGUUAAGUGACCUCGGCGAAUGCCCUGUAUGUACAACAAAUCUGGCGGACCUUGGCCCUGCCAGUGCGCAGGAAGAUCAUGUUCGUACCUGUCUGGAAGGUGGGAGUGGGCAUGGGACCCAACAAUCUGGGAGGUAUCUUGUAUACAAGCUUCCCCAAGAAAGUGUUCUGAUUGGUGUCGAAUGUGUUAUCUGUUUGGAAGAGUUUGAGAGAGGCACGCUUGUGGCACGACUCAGCUGCUUAUGUACUUUUCAUAAUCAUUGUUUGUCGGCUUGGUUGCAACGUGGUCGGGCCUGUCCCAUUCAUGCCCGGGACAUGUAA